AUGGCAUUCCAAGCACUGCGAUCCGCCAACCUCAAAGCCGUGAGCUCCCUGAGAGCUCCCGCCAUGACACGCACGCUGGCAUACACGGCGAGCACACGUUUCGCUUACAAGGACGACCAAGAUCGUAAUACUCUCAAGCCCGGCAGCACAGAGGGCACCAAGUCGGGACGGGACCAAGACGUAGCAGAAGAUUCGGAGGCGUUCAACCCCUCCACAACCCGGCCCGAGACGGAACGGGAAUCAGGCGGUUCGGAUCUCGAAGUCUCGGGCGCGAACCAGGGUAUGUCGAAACCGCAGGGUGAUUCUCCGGGCGCCAAGGGUGGCGCAGGAAAAGAGACGAGAAAGGGAGGCAAGAGCGGCGGCGGGAGCAGCCCCAAGGCUGGCAACGUCUGA